AAAUGCGAAUGCACUUCCGUAGUUCCGUCGCCUGCGAUAAUCGAAACGCUCGUAACUGCAUUUUAAUUAGUAUUUUUUUUGUUAUUAUUAUUAUUUCCUAAAUAUUAUGGUUUUGUUAAUGAUUUUUAUAAUGUGAAAAACCGCAAUGGGACCGCUCACACGUCUCCGCGACGUACUCGUUACGCCCAAACGAGGUAAAUUACAGUCAACGAUAGUUCCUAAUGUCUACUACACUUUUAUGGUCUCCGCGACCGCUCAAUAAACGAAUCGAAUAAUAUUAUGGAACAUCUAUUGAUACUGCCACUGUUGCUGACCAUCGUCGAUUGCAAACAAUUCGAUUUGUAUUUCGAUGCCAACGACGUGGAACCGUUGAUGGGCUUGGCCGCUCGACUGUACUAUGUGCGAGGUGGCCAGCUCAACGUCAAUGCUAUGCAAUACGCCUUGGAAGUACCGUCGUUUGUCAACACUUUGAACUUGACGUGGAGCUCCAAGAGUACUCUGUUGUACAAAAUGUCUUUACAGGCUGACAAGGAUAUCGUGGUACCGAAACUCAAUACGGCUCAAGAGGGUACCUUGCCUGACAUGCCGUCUGUAUUCUCCGUAUCUUUGCCUUGCGCAGUGAAGUCUGGCAACGCUGAAGUUAGUCUGUCAAUUCAAAUGUCAGAGAAUUGGCCAAAUGAUGUCACUGAUGUCAAUCUUGUGUUCAAAAAAUUUUGCCUAGAUCAACGUCCCAACGAAACAACUAUUGUUCCUGAAACAGAUUCUUCCGUACCGCCUUACUACGAACCAUCAUUUUAUUACCAUAUGAUAUCUGCUGCGUCCUCAUUAGUAGCAUUAGCCAUAAUUUGUUGUUUGGCCACCACUUAUCACCGUGAUAAAGCACGAGAUCUCAUGAUAAUUAAAGGUUUCCAGAACAAUGAAGUAAACAUGUUUUUAAAAUCAGCACUUAAUUCAAGCAACAAGUUCAACCAAAAAUCAUUACCUGGGUCAAAAACCAAAGUGAAAGAUUUACAUGAAUGCAUUGUGGAGUUGAGUGUACAGAGGCAACGAGUUAGAUUACAGAGCAUUGAACUGGAAGGUACUUUUGGACGAGUUUACAAAGGUCUGUACACAGAUGUCAAUGGAAAAGAUGAAGAUGUGUUUGUCAAGACUGUAACCGAUCAAGCGAGUGCUGUACAAAUAUCUGUGCUAUUACAUGAAGGACUGAGUAUGUACGGACUUAAUCAUAAAAACAUAUUAACAAUUCAAGCAGUGUCUGUUGAACAACAUGUAGAACCUUUUCUUCUGUAUGCGUUCAACAAUAAUAAAAAUUUAAAGAAAUUUUUACAAAACUGUAAGACGUCUGAAAGCAUUUCAUACACAUUAACAACUAGAGAAAUAAUUGACAUGACACUACAAAUAAUAACUGGUAUGCAAUAUUUACAUAAAAACAGACAUCUACACAAAGAUGUCGCGGCAAGGAAUUGUCUUGUCAACCAAGAUUUAAAAAUUCAGAUAGCCGAUAAUGCUCUGUCAAGGGAUCUGUUUCCCAGUGACUAUCAUUGUCUAGGGGAUAACAAGAACAGGCCGAUAAAAUGGAUGGCUGUCGAAAGUUUAGAACACAAGAAAUUUAGUACUGCCUCAGAUAUUUGGUCGUUUGGGGUCCUACUUUGGGAACUCUUGACUUUAUGCCAGCAACCAUAUGCCGACAUUGAUCCAUUUGAAAUGUCGGCUUACCUUCAAGACGGUUUUAGAUUAACUCAGCCAGUCAACUGUCCCGAUGAACUGUUCACUGUGAUGGCAUGCUGCUGGGCCUUAGCCCCUAAUGAAAGGCCAACGUUUUCUCAACUAUCUAUAUUUAUGAAUGAAUUCAACAAUCAACUUGUUAAAUUUGUAUAAAAUUUACUAUUGACUUAUGUUUUGUAUUGCAGUUGUGAUAAUUUUUGUUUUAUUUAUUUAUUUUUAUUUGCUCCUACAUAAGAGUUAAAGUGUACAUAUAAAUUAUUUCUAAUGCUUUAAAUUUUAUUAUUAUUUAUUAAACAGAUUGUUUAAUUGCGAAA